GUAUCAGAUCACCCAGCCCAACUCAACACACGCUCACAUAUAACCCACAGUGCUUACCUCACAUCUUACUCUCCACACCAGCAUGGAUGAACUUGAGUCAACCUCUUGUGAAAAAUUGAGAGCUCCCAUUUUUCAGGGAACUUGGACAGAAACAUGCUUUUAGAGGAGCUGGCUAAGAACUCCUCACAGACUGCAACUGUUCCUGCAGCAAUUCCACCUAAAACUCUCUCAGUAAGAACCUCAGUUAAAAGGGACAACACAACUCUGCAUGGACAGACUGAGUCCUCGGGUCUUGUUUCUGGGCCAGGUCAGGCAUUUGUUAAUCAUGCCUACAGUGAGCCUCCGGCCCCUGUGGAGGCAGGACUGAUGAGUCCCUGCACAGCCACACGAGAGUUAGACUCCAUCAUGAAUGAGCUAUUAGGUCUUGAUCUCGAGAUUCCAGAACAAAUACCCACAUUAAGCCCACCUCCAAUUGCUCGCAAGUCAAUAAAGAACAAAAAAACAGAAGAAACUAAAGACAGUGUUAGUGGAAAGCAAGCAGAGGAAAAUAACAUGACUAAGAACACACAGCACCUUCCUCUAACGGAAAAACAGUCCAAGGGUGUGGAUGCUAUAGAUGACCUGCUGGGCUCUCUUAGCUCAGACAUGGAGAAAAUGGGUGUCCGAACAGCUGCCAAGGGCCACUGUGCUUCUUGUGGCAAGUGCAUAGCUGGGAAGAUGAUCACAGCUCUGGGUCAGGUGUGGCACCCAGAACACUUUGUGUGUACGCUGUGCAGGGAGGAACUAGGUACGUGUGGUUUCUUUGAGAGAGAUGGCAAGCCGUACUGCGAGAAAGACUACCAGAACCUCUUCUCCCCUCGCUGUGCUUACUGCAAAGGUCCCAUUACUCAGAACAUUCUUACAGCAAUGGACCAAACAUGGCACCCAGAACAUUUCUUCUGCUCCCACUGUGGAGAUCUAUUUGGAACCGACGGGUUUCUGGAGAGAGAUGGUAAACCAUAUUGCUCCAGUGAUUUCUACCGCCUCUUUGCACCCAAAUGCUCCGGCUGUGGAGAGCCAGUGAAGGAGAACUAUCUGUCUGCAGCGAAUGGAACCUGGCACCCUGACUGCUUUGUCUGUGCGGACUGUCUAAAGCCCUUUACUGAUGGUUGUUUCCUGGAAAUGAAUGGUCGGCCCCUCUGUUCCCUUCACUAUCACUCUAGACAGGGCACUCUCUGUGGGACCUGCGGAGAGCCCAUAUCAGGUCGCUGCAUCGCUGCCCUCGACCGCAAGUUUCACCCUGAGCACUUUGUGUGUGCGUUCUGUCUUCGGCAGCUGAGUCAGGGUGUGUUUAAGGAGCAAGCAGGGAAGCCAUACUGUUCAGUAUGUCACACAAAACUCUUUCUGUGAAAAAGGUGACAUUCCACAAGCACCUUCUGUUCAUUCACACAGAAAUGAUUCACAAAGUUUGUCUCAGCUUUGCAAUUACAAUGGAAGUUUUAGAGAAAUCUUUUUUUUUUUCAUGAGAAACUAUUUCAGUGGUACUUGUUAAUGGAGCAUGUGAGAAAAUGUAUGAAUGGCAAAUUCUAGCAAAUGUCAUAACUAUUUUCUUAAGUAAAAUCAUAAUUUUAUUUACUGUAUUGAUGUCUACACCCUGGCUGUUUUAAUAAAUGCAGAACUGAAUGAAAUCAUAUUAUAGUAAUUACAUUAUUUUAUAAGAAUAUUCAGAUUUAAAGGUGAAGUUUGUAAUUAUUUUGAUGCAACAAUGCUUUCUCCUGUAAGUACUAUUCUGCCGUAAAGUAUAAACGCUGUGGCUCUUAGGUGCUAUCAAAACAUUACUCUGUUUGUUUGAGCAUCCUGACCAGCCCGACAUAGAAACAUUAGUUCAAACAAUGGUGUGAGUUUAGGGCGGCACUGUUUGUCGAACCAAUGACAGACAAGGGAAGUGUUCAGGAAACCUGUUUAAAUAUCAUUGUAGAGCCGAGGAGGGCGGGGCCGGGCUGGAAUGACGCACGCCCGGUCCCCAAUCAGCCUGAUGGGGCGCGCGAGGGAUAAAGGUGGCCGUGGACGGCAGUUCAAGAGAGAGAGAAUUACGGGCAGCUGUACUGUGUGUGUUUAUGGUUGUGUGUUUUUGGUUAAGUUGUUCAUUAAAUUAUUAUUUAAGUUGUCAA